AUGAUUCUUCCUUCCCUUCUAGUUUUCCACCUGUCAAGGAAGGUGACGUCCAUCGUCCCAGAGAGCUGCCUCCUCAUCCUGCUGGGCCUGGGCCUGGGGGGCAUCGUGUUGGCCGUGGCGAAGAAAGCCGAGUACCAGCUGGAGCCCAACAUGUUCUUCCUCUUCCUUCUGCCCCCCAUUGUCCUAGACUCGGGCUACUUCAUGCCCAGCCGGCUGUUCUUCGACAACAUCGGUGCCAUCCUCACCUAUGCAGUGGUGGGCACGCUCUGGAACUCCUUCACCACCGGCACCGCGCUCUGGGGGCUGCACCGAGCCGGGCUCAUGGAUCCUGGCGUUGAAGCUGGGCUCAUGGAUUUCCUGCUCUUCGGCAGCCUUAUCUCAGCUGUGGACCCCGUGGCAGUGCUGGCCGUCUUCGAAGAGGUCCAUGUAAAUGAGACCCUCUUCAUCAUCGUGUUUGGAGAGUCUCUCCUCAAUGACGCUGUCACCGUGGUCCUGUACAAGGUCUUCAACUCCUUUGUGGAGCUGGGCCCAGCGCACAUCCAUGCCAUGGACUACGUGAAGGGGGUAGCCUCCUUCUUCCUGGUGAGCCUGGGGGGCACGGCUGUGGGGCUGCUCUUCGCCUUCCUCCUGGCCCUGAUCACACGCUUCACCAAGCGGGUGCGCAUCAUUGAGCCGCUCUUCGUCUUCCUCCUGGCCUACGUGGCGUACCUUGCUGCCGAGAUGGUCUCGCUCUCCUCCAUCCUGGCAGUCACCUUCUGUGGGAUCUGCUGCAAGAAGUACGUGGAAGCCAACAUCUCCCAGAAAUCCCGCACCACCGUCAAGUACACCAUGAAGACACUGGCCAGCAGCUCGGAGACCAUCAUCUUCAUGUUUCUGGGCAUCUCGGCUGUGGAUACCUCCAAGUGGGCAUGGGACACAGCACUGGUGCUGGGCACCCUGUUCUUUAUCCUGCUUUUCAGAGCUGUGGGGGUUGUUCUCCAGACCUGUGUGCUCAACCGCUUCCGCCUCAUCCCUCUGGACAGGAUUGACCAGGUGGUCAUGUCAUACGGUGGCCUCCGCGGGGCUGUGGCCUUCGCCCUGGUCAUCCUGCUGGACAGGGCAAAGGUGAAAGCCAAGGACUACUUUGUGGCAACGACCAUUGUGGUGGUGUUCUUCACUGUCAUUGUGCAGGGCCUCACCAUCAAACCCCUGGUGACAUGGCUGAAGGUGAAGCGCAGUGACCACCACAAGCCCACGCUGAACGAGGAGCUUCAUGAGCAUGCCUUUGACCACAUCCUGGCAGCAGUGGAGGACAUUGUGGGGCACCAUGGCUACCAUUACUGGCGGGACAAGUGGGAACAGUUUGACAAGAAGUACCUGAGCCAGCUCCUGAUGCGGAAAUCUGCCUACAGGCUGAGGGACGAGAUCUGGGAUGUUUACUACAAGCUGAACAUCCGCGAUGCCAUCAGCUUUGUCGACCAGGGUGGCCAUGUGCUCUCAGCUGCCAAGCUGGCACUGCCCUCCAUGCCCAGCCGCACAUCCAUGUCGGAGUCAUCGGUCACAAACCUCCUGAGGGAGAGCGGGAGCGGGGCGUGCCUGGACCUGCAGGUGAUCGACACGGUGCGGAGCCGGCGGGACAAGGAGGACGCUGCCAUGCACCAUGUGCUGCGAGGGAGCCUCUACAAGCCGCGCCGGCGGGUGAGCACUCCCUGGCUGUGCCCCGAGGGGAGCAGCACUGGCGAGAGGAGCAGGGCUGGAGGAUGCCCUCUGGGGCCAGCUGCUCACCCUCUGUCUCUUUGCCUCUCCCUCGGCCAGUACAAGGCCAGCUACAGCCGUCACUUCAUCUCUCCAGAUAAACAAGAGCGCCAAGACAAAGAAAUCUUCCGUCAGAACAUGAAGAGGCGGCUGGAGACCUUCAAGUCCACAAAGCACAACGUCUGCUCCUCCAAGAGCAAGGCCAGGAUGAAGGAAAAGGGCCGGAAAAAGAAGAACGUCUCUCUAAGCAGUGAGGCACCCAACGGGAAGACGUACAGGGAUGUCCCCUGGCAGGAGGCAGGUAAGGCCAGUGACAGGUGAGGUUUGCAGGUCCUGAAGGGGACCUGGUGGGGUGGGAUGGGAGCAGCCCACUGUGCCUGCCCACUACCAGCUCAGUGGCACAAUAGCACUCACGGUUGGUGCCCUGUCCUCUAAACCAGCUCCCUCCAUCUGGCUGCAGCUCCUGUCCUGGUGAUGGUCAGCUCAGAGGAAGAGGAGAGCGAUAGCUCAGAGACGGAGAAGGAGGAUGAUGAAGGGAUUGUGUUCAUCGCUCGAGCCACCGAUGAGGUCCUGCAGGGAAAGACAACUCCUGGCAGCCUGGAUGUCUGCCCCAGCCCCUGCAUCAUCCCACCAUCACCCACCUUGGCAGAGAAGGAGCUGCCAUGGAAAGGAGACCAGGCUGAUCUGGCUGUUUACAUCUCCUCUGAGACCACCAAGAUCGUGCCCGUGGAUAUGCAGAAGGCGUGGAACCAAAGCAUCUCCUCCCUGGAGAGCAUCGCGUCCCCUCCAGGCAUCGAGAGUGGACCUCAGCACAGGAGAUUCAAUUGCCCUGUGCUGGAGGAGCAAUCCCAGCCCGCGAGCCAGGCGACGCCAGAGCAGAGCUCCUGCUUCCAGUUCCCCAGCCACGUCUCUAAGAGCGGCCGGUUGCAGAGCGACAGCAGCCCGGACGCGCCUGAGCAGCAGGAGCUGCAGCCUUUGAUGGCCACGGAGGAGCAGGACAAGGUGUUGCCCACCACGGAGCCCAGAUGGCUGAUGUUCAACAGGUCGAGCCACCUAUGA